AUGAAAGCUUUAGAAAGUUAUCUUGAUCUAGAUUUCGAAAUCAUAAAAACUGUUAGUAAAUAUGAUAAUGAAGCACUUAGCAGACUUAAUAGGAGUGAUUUAAAUAUCGGUACUAGAGCUUGUUAUCUAAGUCAUUAUUCAACCCUUGAAUUAAUUGUCAAGAAUGAAUAUGAAAAUGCUUUAAUUUUAGAAGAUGACAUAGAUAUAGAACUUAACAUUACCGAUAUAAUGGCAGAAGUUCAUCAAAAUUUACCUUAUGAUUGGGAUAUGCUAUACCUUGGUCAUUGUGCUGGUCGUCAAUCUGAAUACUUUGAAACAGACUUAACUGUUCAUGUAUUGCAUAAAACUGGAAAGCCGGAGUGCACACACGCUUAUGCAGUUUCGGCUAAAGGAGCUAAGAAGUUAUUAGAAAAACUUGACAUCAAUAAUCCAACACAUAAUAUUGAUGAGGAUAUAUCUUCACUUAUUAUGGCAAAUGAAAUUACUAGUUAUUCAAUUGUUCCAUAUAUUAUCAUACAGUUUAAAGGUGCGAGUGACCUAUCUGAUGUUUCUCCCGGUAUAUUAGGUGAAACUUAUCCUUUAAUGAACCCUACCUUACGUUUUCUUGGAUAUACUCAUUAA